AAAUAGCUUUGUAAGUUGAAAAAGCAAAAACCCUUUUGGUUUCAUGACGUAGUCUCGUAGAGUUUGCGUUGAGAAAUAGUGUGUUGUUUGUAUGCACAGCAAGCUUUGUUAUCUUCUCCUCCUCAGAUAAAUAUAUAUCACUUCACUUCCACCAUUGCCAAACAAAAACACGAACACAAAACUAAGAGGAAGAGAGAGAGACUGGGUGUUAUGGAUUCUCAUCGGUCUCCAAUUUCAGUUCCUCAAGUUUUCAGCUGGGUUCGUAGGGAUUACGCCGGGAUCCGGUCGGAUUACCAGCUUUCCAGCAACUUCGUCAAGUUUCCAGCUUUCUAGCUUCUGAAAUUUUCUGGUCAAAUUUUGCUGGAGUUGAUAUCAAGAUUUUGUUGAAUCUACAACCUGGAAAAUCCGGAAUUGGAAUAGCUAAGCAAAGACAUAGCUAAUGGGGCACUUAUCCUCCAUGUUCAGCGGAUUGGCGCGAUCCCUAUUGUUCAAGAAAGGGAAGAACAAUGGUGGGGAUUCAGGUGCAAGAGGAGCUGCAGAAGCGAUGGCGAAGGAGGCGAAGAAGAAUGACAUGAUCCUACGCUCUUCGGGGAUUGUCAAUGUCGAUGGUUCAAAUAACUUUGCUUCUGUUUUUUCGAAGAGAGGCGAGAAAGGAGUCAACCAGGAUUGCUGCAUUGUGUGGGAGGAAUUUGGGUGCCAAGAAGACAUGAUGUUUUGUGGGAUUUUUGACGGGCACGGUCCAUGGGGACAUUUCGUGGCGAAACAGAUAAGAGAAACAAUGCCACCCUCUUUGUUGUGCAGUUGGCAAGAGACACUAGGUCAAACUUCUAUUGGCCCGGAUUCCGACUUGGAGUCGGAUAAAAAGCAUCACCGGUUUAACAUAUGGAAGGAUUCCUAUAUCAAAACUUGUGCUGCCAUUGAUCACGAGCUCGAACAGCAUCGUAGGAUCGAUUCCUUUUACAGUGGAACAACUGCCCUGAGUAUUGUCAGACAGGGUGAGCUUAUUUUCAUAGCCAAUGUUGGCGACUCUCGGGCUGUUUUGGCUACAACUUUAGACGAUGGAAGCUUGAUGCCGGUUCAGCUUACUGUCGAUUUCAAGCCUAGUUUACCUCAGGAGGCGGAGCGAAUAAUUCAAAGCAAUGGGCAGGUUUUUUGUUUAGAUGAUGAGCCUGGAGUGCAAAGGGUAUGGCAGCCGGACGGGGAAACACCCGGACUAGCCAUGUCCAGAGCCUUUGGAGAUUACUGUUUGAAGGACUUUGGUCUCAUUUCUGUGCCUGAAGUGUCACAUAGAAAUAUAACAAGGAAAGAUCAGUUUGUUGUGUUGGCAACUGAUGGGGUUUGGGAUGUCGUUUCGAAUCAAGAAGCCGUGCAGAUUGUAGGUUCCACGGCAGACAGGGCGAAGGCUGCAAGGCGUCUGGUGGAGUGCGCUGCGCAAGCAUGGAAGCGGAAGAGGAGGGGAAUAGCGAUGGACGACAUUUCUGCCAUUUGCCUCUUCUUUCACUCUACUUCCCCUCUCUCUGAAUCCCAGCAAGUGCACCCUAUUAGUGUUGCCACCCCAAAAUAAAAAACGCAGAAUCUUUGCUCCUUCUCCUUGUUCAUCUUGUACCUUUGAAUUUUUAUUGGUCUUUUAUUUAGGAAAUUCCGCAACCAAAAGAUCUUGGUUCAAGUUUCAAUCCAACAGUUAUCGGUGUUUCCAUCAA